UCGUGAGGGGACGGGUUGGCUCACGGAGCUCCCACGUUCGGGAGGUCACGGGAACCGCCGCGAUGGCAGCCGUUUCUGUGGCUGAACUAUAUAACCGCGGCUCUCUGGUCCCAGCACCAGAAGUCUCAUUGAGAGCAACAGAGUACGAGCGACAGUGCGCUACACUGUUACUGUGCUAGCAGCGAUAUUAGCAGCGACAAAUCGUGAUUCGUGAAGUGCGUUAUUUCGAAAGUUUCUGAAGACAUUCACACGAAGAUGGCUCCGACGAUCGGAAUAGACUUGGGCACGACCUACUCGUGUGUGGGCGUGUUCCAGCACGGCAAGGUGGAGAUUAUCGCCAACGACCAGGGCAACCGGACCACGCCCAGCUAUGUGGCCUUCACCGACACGGAGCGGCUGAUCGGAGACGCCGCCAAGGGUCAGGUGGCCAUGAACCCCAAGAACACCGUGUUCGACGCCAAGCGGCUCAUCGGCCGGCGCUACGACGACCCCAAGAUCCAGCAGGACCUCAAGCACUGGCCGUUCACCGUGGCCAACGAGGCCGGCAAGCCGCGCAUCGAGGUCGAGUACAAGGGCGAGCGGAAGCGGUUCACGCCCGAGGAGAUCAGCUCGAUGGUGCUGACCAAGAUGAAGGAGACGGCCGAGGCGUACCUGGGCUCCAAGAUCUCCGACGCCGUCAUCACGGUGCCGGCCUACUUCAACGACUCGCAGCGCCAGGCCACCAAGGACGCCGGCAGGAUCGCCGGUCUGAAUGUCAAGCGCAUCAUCAACGAGCCGACGGCGGCCGCGCUCGCCUACGGUCUCGACAAGAAGCUCGGCGGCGAGAAGAAUGUGCUCAUCUUCGACCUGGGCGGCGGCACGUUCGACGUCUCCAUCCUGAGCAUCGCCGACGGCUCCAUGUUCGAGGUGCUCUCCACGGCCGGCGACACGCACCUGGGCGGCGAGGACUUUGACAACCGACUCGUCAACCACCUGGCCGACGAGUUCAAGCGCAAGAACAGGAAGGACCUCAAGGGCGACGCGCGAGCCGUGCGGAGGCUGCGCACCGCCUGCGAGAGAGCCAAGCGCACGCUGUCCAGCAGCACCGAGGCCAGCAUCGAGAUCGACGCGCUCUUCCAGGGCAUCGACUUUUACACCAAGGUGACGCGGGCCCGCUUUGAGGAGCUGUGCAUGGACCUGUUCCGCGGCACGCUCGAGCCCGUCGAGAAGGCGCUCAGGGACGCCAAGAAGGACAAGGCGAACAUCCACGAGAUCGUGCUGGUCGGCGGCUCGACGCGUAUCCCCAAGAUCCAGAAGCUGCUGCAGGACUUCUUCAACGGCAAGGAGCUGAACAAGUCCAUCAACCCGGACGAGGCGGUGGCGUACGGCGCUGCCGUGCAGGCGGCCAUCCUGUCGGGCGACUCCAGCUCGGCCAUCCAGGACGUGCUGCUGGUGGACGUGGCGCCGCUCUCGCUCGGCAUCGAGACGGCUGGCGGCGUCAUGACCAAGCUGAUCGAGCGCAACACGCGCAUCCCGGCCAAGCAGCAGCAGGCGUUCACCACAUACUCGGACAACCAGCCGGCCGUCACUAUCCAGGUGUUCGAGGGCGAGCGAGCCAUGACCAAGGACAACAACCUGCUCGGCCGCUUCGACCUGACCGGUAUCCCGCCGGCGCCCCGCGGCGUGCCCCAGAUCGAGGUCACCUUCGACAUUGACGCCAACGGCAUCCUCAACGUCAGCGCUGCCGACAAGUCCACUGGCCGCUCCAACAAGAUCACCAUCACCAACGACAAGGGCCGCCUCAGCAAGGCCGACAUCGAGCGCAUGGUCAACGAGGCCGAGCGCUUCAAGGCAGAGGACGACGCGCAGCGCGAGCGGGUGGCCGCGCGCAACCAGCUCGAGUCGUACGUCUUCUCGGUGCGCCAGGCGGUCAACGACGCCGGCCAGAAGCUGGACGAGAGCGACCGGCGGCGCGUCACCGAGCUCUGCGACGACGCCAUCAAGUGGCUGGACAACAACUCGCUGGCGGAGAAGGACGAGUUCGAGCACCGGCUCAAGGAGCUGCAGUCGGCCUGCAGCCCCGUCAUGGCCAAGCUGCACGGCGCCGGCGGGCAGCAGGGCGGCCAGUUCGGCGGCGGACAGCAGGGAGGCCAGUUCGGCGGACAGGACAACCAGGGACCCACUGUUGAGGAGGUCGACUAAGGCGAUUGUUGAACCAAACUACUAGGAAAGACGAGACCCUCCUUGGCGGUUUAAAUUAGCAACUGUCAUCCAAAAUGCGCCCAGAAGCUUUCGCGCAAGCCUCCAACGCAUAAGGCCAGUAUUAUGUUCUCGCCUCGUGUUAUGGUUUGGAGUGGAUGGCAGCUGGUCCUUACCAAGUUAGCGAAGCUGAUUACUACGACGUCGCGAAGAAGCGAUUUGUUCCUAUUAUCGUAAUUCGUAAUCAUGCUUAGCAAUGAUGAGCUUACUACCGGAGGAGUAUCCGAUUGAUACAUAUGUGCUCCAUAACGUAUUAUUUCAUUUGCAAGUGCUGUGAUUGAGUGCUGUGAGUAGGUGAUUGUUGUUUGCUAAUAAACCAAAUAAAAUAU